UCUCCUCUCCUUCCCUGCAUCAGCUCCCAGCUCGAUGAGUCAGCAGGGCUGCCGGUCAAUAAUCUCUGAUUAUCAAGCCAUUUAUGACCAUGUUUAAAACAACCUGCGAAUGAAGCAAGGUCUGUUUCUGCAUUUUAUAUUUUGACAGAGAAAAACAAGCAUUUUUUGAUGAAGCAACAUGGACCGGUUUCGAGGUUUGUUUGUGAAAUUGGACCAGAACAAGGAUGGGUUCAUUUCAAUGGCAGAGCUCCACGAGGAGAUGAGGAAGCAUGGGAUCAUCUCAGGAGAUGGAAAGCUCCAGAAUAUCAUGGAGUCUUAUGAUAAAGAUAAAGAUGGGCUGCUGGAUUAUAAAGAGUUUCUCAGCUACAUGAUGGACAGAGAGAGGAAAUGGAAAAUUCACUUUCAUGACCUUGACAAGAAUAAUUGCGGAGUGAUUGACCAGGAGGACAUCAUAUGUUUGUUUAAGGAGUUAGGAGUGGUCAUUUCAAAGCCGAAUGCAAAAAAAAUUAUUCAAAUGAUGGACAAGGACAAGUCCAUGACAGUUGACUGGGACGAAUUCCUGCAUUAUGUCAUUCUAAACCCGGUGGACAACAUCGGAGAGCUCGUUUCCUCGUGGAAACAUAGUCUGGUUUUCGAUGUGGGGGAGAGUCGAGCGAUGCCCAUCGAGUUCCCAGACAACGUGUCUGGCUUUGGGGCUUGGAAGACGUUCGUUCUGUCAGCUGGUCUGGCAGAUGCAGUUUCUCGAACUGCGACGGCGCCUAUAGACCGACUGAAGACCCAACUUCAGGUCCUUGGGUCCAAGGCUUUUUCCCAAGGCUUUCAGGAGCUGAGAGGAGGAGGUUUGCGGUCGAUGUGGCAAGGCAACUAUGUCAACGUGCUGAAAGGUACUCCACAGUCCACACUGCAAUGUCUUAUCUAUGCACAGAUGAAAGUUUACACCCAAAACAGAAGCCAGGAGACUCUGACUGUGCAGCAGCGUUUUGGCUUGGGUUGCGUCUCUGGAGCCGUGGCCCAUGCUGCUUUCUACCCAUUAGAGGUGUUGAAGGUGAGGCUGAACCUGCAGCAAGCCGGCACGUAUCAUGGCGUUGUGGCGAGCGCCAGAUCUAUUUACAAACAUGAGUCCAUGUCGUCCUUUUACAGAGGCUUCAGGCCCAGCAUCCUCUGCAUGAUCCCCUAUGCAGGUGUGGAGUGUGCGGUUCAUCAGUCCAUCAUGAGCUGGGCAAAAAGCGAUCCUACCUACAGUAGUGACUCCAAACUGUUUUUCUUCAGUUUUGUGGCUUUUGCUUCUGGGCAAAUAAGCAGCUACCCGCUGGCGGUGAUCCGGACACAGCAGCAGGCUCAGGGUAACAGCUGGCAUCUCUGGCUGCGUUUCCAUUACAAAUCCUUCAUCUCAGAUUCGCGUCCUGCCUCUGGCGUGUUAUCAGGACUCACUGGGAUUUAUGAGAGGAACGGAUUUAGAGGAUAUUAUAACGGCAUGGGAGCCAGCUUCGUAAGAGCGAUUCCAUGUGCGCUAAUAAACUACAGCCUGACCAAGAAAUUUGAAAAUAUGUUUUCUUCCAUGGAAUCUUGAGGAAUUCAAACAACUGUUUUAUUUUUCUGGCAUGUUCACUGAGUUUCAAUGUAAAACAGAUUGGUUUUUGUUGAACUUCAACUUUUAAUACCUCUGACCAAGAAAAUAAAACCAGUAUGAGGAUUUGAAACCAUUAAACCUACUCGGGGCUGAAGCAUGACUGACCGAACACAUAUAUUAACAGAAACUGUGAUAAGUUCAUUAAGGUCUGCUCUGUAUGGAAAUGUGCUCAGCUGGGAUUUUUAAAAUAAAAUUCUACCUUAAAGUGG